ACACAAAAUCAACAGUUCAACAGUUGCUGCACACACAGCAAGGUUAACCUACAACAACAACUAUCAAGUCCAAACAGCUUAAAAUGAAACACUUUUCGCCACUUUGCCUGUUCCUCGUUACGCUCGCCGUUGCCAACGCUAGUGUGUUGCCCGUAAAGCGCAAUCAUUUACCGGCUGUCAAUCAGCAGGGCGAGGUCGUCUGGCUGGAUGAGAUGAGCCACUCUGUGCCGGAUAAAUGUGACUUCAGCUGUACGGAUCAAGAUUUAAGCGUCUGCGCCCACAACGGACAAUGCCUGCAACUGUUCACCAGCCGCUGCACGAUGGCCGCUUACAAUUGCCGUAAUCCUCAGAAGCGUUUCAACAUUGUUGAGAACUAUAAAUGCAUACUGGGCUACGUGCCGCUCUGCAGCCCCGAAGAGCGCAAGGAACUAGGAAUUACAAUGUGAACAAUAUAUUUAAAGGCUUU